CUUCCCGCUGCGCUCGUCACGGUAAUUUCACGCGACAGGCUACUUACUUGCUCUGAAAAGAACAAAAACGCGCAUCUGCAAGCGUGUCCAACAAAUGGGAGGUCGGUGCUGGUGUCUCGCUACGUGUACGUAUCACACACAUGACUGCUCGUUUUCGUAUCGCUCGAGCACUUGGUAGUGUAGUCGACACGUCCGUCGCUUAAUCGUACUUCAUCCACACAUCGUCAAGACACUUAGUUUCGCCGAAUCGCAAUCGGUUUGAUUUACGUACUUACUGCGCGCUGCGAUGUUGUCUCGGUGAGUGGGUCGAUUUUGUUUGUAUCGGUCAUGAUGCGUUGUACUACGUUCGUCAAAAAUGGGAACGGAGCUUCGUAUAUCGUGCAUCAGAGGACAGUAAAGUAGAUGCUGCAGCACCACGUUGUAUUUGGAAAGCGCUUGGAUGUGGUGGUGGGAUUUUCCUUUUCUCUUUAUCGCUUGAACUUUUUUCAUCCCUUCGCGUUUCAAAAAAAACUUCGGCUGCAUGUCCCCCCGUGUUCCUGUCUACCCUAUCCACAAUUUCGCAUACCGCUGCCUCCAUUGACAUUUCGGCAAUAUAACAAAAUUAGGACAACGAAUCGGAAAAGUUUUUUCCAAACAGAACCACCAACCCACCAAAAUGGCCAAGAUGAUGAAGAUGAUGAAGGCCGCCGAGCCGGCGCCGGCCAUGAAGAAGAUGAUGAAGUAUCCAUUAAAAAAAAGCUAGCGUGCCAACCAUGCGUAUAUGGGAAAAACAAAAAUGUUUGGAUGGGCCGGAAACAAAAAGUAUGUCUUGCACAGCCUAAAGCCAAACAGCACGUUGACCAGCGAUUUGCAUGCGAUUUGUUUUUGCCUCGAACACGACACAUGACGGCACGUUAGCUUUUUUUCUUUGUGAUAAGCA